AUGCUGAGUCCAGACGAGCUUAGGGUGUUAGAAUCAUACGACGUUUACACUGAAUCAUUGGACAAUGAAAGGAAGCUAAUUUCAGGUUUCUUACCAGCAAACCAUCCCAAUGUCGAGCCGUUCUUGUGGUUCAUCGGGUUGAUGAAAUGCUACGCUCACGGAACGCCGAAGGGGGAGAAUCUCUGGCUCCUUUAUCCGAGGGGAAAUCGCGCUACUCAUUCGUGCGCUCCCAAUGCAAUUUAUAGGAAUGACAAUGGAGACCUGCUUUACAUCGCAAUAAGGGAUAUCCAGACUUCUGAGCCGAUUACAAUUAGCUAUAUUGGCUGCUUGUACGGGUCCACUAUUUCGCGUCAGGAGAGACUGUUACUACUCAAAAUGCUUUCGUGUUCCUGUUCCAAGUGCACGGCUCCCAUUGAUAAGGCAAGAAGGAUUUGGUGUCCCCACUGCAGAACCAAAGAAGAGGACGGUGGCACCCCGGCCUUCGCUGUUUAUUGCGGUCAAAGCAAGGAUGUCAACCUCCCUCAGAUUGAGGCAAUCAGAAACUUGAAUAAGACAGCGGAAACCGAUGGAUGGUGGAUGUGUACGAAGUGCAAGUUGCCUUUGGCGGAUGCGGUGAUGCCGCUACAGAUGGAAGAGACGUUGAAUUCUUUGUAUGAGAAUUUGUCCAAGUCAAUGGGUCUGGAGGAGCAGAAUAAGUGGAUGCAAUAUUUGACGUAUUUGUAUCGGACCACAUUAAUGGUACUGGGCCCCAUGCACUGGCUGGUUGGUGGGUGCUACUUUUUGUUUAGCAAGUUUUACGCGAGUGCCUGGAAAUCAGCGAUGGCAACCAGCGGCAGCAGCCCGGCUGACGCUAAGACAUAUGGUGAUCUAUGUGUGUCUAACGGCAUCAAGUACUUGGAUUUUAUCGAGGCCAUAUUCCCAGACGACAAUGCCAUUUUAUACACGGACGGCGCACCUUGGGCGACAGUUUUAAUGCGCAUUUCUCUAGAGGCAUGUGAAUGGUCGCAAUUUUCGCAACUUGCGGGUCGCUACGUACAAAAGUGUAAUGUAGUCUACGGAGUCGCCGACCCUAUGAUGCAGGUCUUUUAUCAGGCCGUUGUCACCAUGCACCGUCUUGGCCCGUCCAACCCGACAUUACCCAGCGCAAUUCGCGGCCUGCUCGACAACUACAAGAACUCCUCCGCCCAGAACGGAACGACAGUGGAACCUGACGAGGUCACUAGAAGCACAACCCAUCUCGAGAAGAACUUUAACCCUCUCAUCAAGCCCUGGCUUCGCAGAACCCACGUUGCGCCCGGACUACAAACAGAACUACAUAAAAUCUCUGAAACCAGAAAGAGAGCUCUUGCCGCCGUCUUCGGCAACCCCGCUGCCCCUCCCGCCGCGCCCGCUGUACACAACACCCUCCCCAGUCUCCCCCUUCUCCCAGCCUCCCCCUUCCCCUCACUUGUGUGUCUUUCGCAGAUGACCGGUAUGGCUCCCUCAAGUGUACGUCCCCCGGCCGCCACAGCUACUAUACGGCCCACGGUCGCAGAGUAUUUGAGUCCUCAAUACUUGGGCAGUGCCCCGCUCAAGUCUCCUACUUUCGGCUCGCCUGCUCAGUCGACUCAAUCGGGCGCCUACAUCACGUCUGACCCAACGGCGUCGGUGCCGUCCUACGUAGUCACGCGGCAGGGAGUCGCUACGCAGCCGGUGGUCCGGGCCGCCUCGCCAGGUCUCUACUCCCCUGCAGGUGUCUACUCCCCGAAUCAAACUCCAGGGGUAAGCUCCCCGGUGUUUUCGCCUGCAGUGCCGCCCCACCGGACCAGUCCCAACCGUGUCGGGCGUCGAAGUCCGGGUCGAACGAGUGCGCCUUCGCAGCCCCCGUGGCAGUCGACAGCAACGCGUUCAGGCGAGGCCACGGCGCGUGUCGUUUCACACGCUCGCGCCCUAGGCGCAGGUUCGAGGCACUCGCGCGGCACGGGGUCUCACGGCGCCGUGUCGCUGCCUGGCGCCUCCUCCUCCUCCACAACCACGCCGCCGCUCUUGCCGGGCAACACACGACUCGCUGACAUGCAUGGUUCCCGGGACGCGGGGUACAACGCUCCGGGCGCGAAGAGUGGGUACCCAGGUGUGAAGAGCGGAGCCGAAUCCCCGGGUGGUCGGGCAGAGAAACCGUUGUUGUCGACGACAUACCUGUCGGUUGCGCAGUUGAGUUCGGAGUACCCGAGUCGCGCGAAGCUUUCGACCAAGACGGUGCAGCGGCGCGAAGUGCAGCGAGAAGCAUUGAUCGGUGGCGGUUACCGGACCUACAACGACACGGUAGACGAGCGGCGAGGGCGACGUGCACGGCGGAAACAUCGCUCCCCUAGCCGACACCGCUCCCACUCCAGUUCCUCGCCCGCACCCUUCUCGGUGGAGUGCGCCAUACACGGCACGAGAAACGGCGCCGCUCGCAGCGGCUCCGGUCUGUCGCCGCACACCGGACGACCGUCCACACGUGCUGGUCAUCGUGUCGACUCCUCGAGACGCACACGAUCCCACCGACGCCGCAUCGAUUCCGAUAGCGACACCGAUGCAGACAUCGUCGCGUCACUCGUCAAAGCGGAACUCGACGAACUACGUGCUUCUGUCAACUCAUCCCAAGACCCCCGACUCGCCGACCCCAAACUCGUCGACCAGAUCACCAACAAAGUCCUCGGCCGCCUGCGCGCCUAA